AAUGCUUACAAUUGCCAGUAGCGUUGGUAGACUGAAUCUAGUGUGAUAAGCCUCUGUUGCUUAGAAAAAGUCUAGUAGAGGACGUCUAAACUUCAUUUUGAAGUAAAUCAAGGGGCGCUAAACCACCAUUUAAUAUCUACUGGUAUGGAAUCAAGCUUAAAAGCGAUUUUUUUCGAUAUUACUUCUAACAAGCAAACAUUCGGGCCUUCGCAGGUGGACAAAGGUACUUAUAUUCCAAAUAUAUUUUAAAAUAAGACGCCACAGAUCCAAGGGAAGUCUUAUAACGAUGUAUCGCGCUUUCUGGGAUACAAUAUUUCUCCUUAGUGGCUAUUUAUUUACGUACAGCCAAGUGCCGGAAAAUUCUACUUCAACAACAACCAUGGCAAUGACUCCCACCACAACCACAACCACAACCACCAUUAUAACUGCUACCAACACAACAGCAGUGUCAAAUACUACUGUUAAAAAAAAAUUCCUAGUGGCAGCAGUCCACUCUCACUUUGCUGACUGUCCUGACUCCCACACCCAUUUCUGCUUCCAUGGCACAUGCCGCUUUCUCAUCCUGGAGAAGACACCAGCGUGUGUGUGCCACCCAGGCUUCAUAGGUGUGCGUUGUGAACAUGCAGACCUGCUGGCAGUGGUGGCAACCAACCAAACGCAGCAGACCUUGGCCACCAUAUUGAUGCUGUGCAUAUUGGGCAGUGUCCUGCUCGUACUGCUUUGCACCAUAAUAAACUUUUGGUGGAGGCGGGGCAGGUGGAGGCGAGGACCUCUGCUUUCCUGUUUGACAAAGAAACCAAAUGGCAUCGUAAAGAAUGGGACGUCCUGCUGUCACUCAGAGACUGUGGUUUGAAGUUGAGUGCUCUUGGUGUACCUUUGUUUUCCAUUUUGCUACCUGAAGCCCCAUGGAUCAUCACUGGAUUAACCUACUGACUCAUGUCUGCAUGCUGAGAACCAAACCAGAUGUGGAAUUCAGAACCUAUAUACUCGGUGGAAGUAAACUCAUCCAUUUAGUUUUUGUGGGAUAUAAAACUAAAAUGAUGGAAGAUUGUUUAUUUCUCAGCACCGAUGUAAAUCUCCUGGACUCUGGACUUUCAUACUAUUGUCUUGGAACAGAUUACAGGAAUGAAGAUCCAGUCAGACUUAAGAUGUUUGUGAGGUAAAGCCCUGCAGUGAAGGAAUAAUGGACUAGUGCUUGAGGCCUACUACUCAGCUGGAUGUGAAAAGUAAGAUUGAGAUUCAAAACUUUGGGGAAAAAAAAAAAAAGAUUUAUGAAACAUGUGUUUAGGAUGCUUGGACAUUCUCAAGACACCAAGAACUCUGUUCAUCACACCACGAUAAGAGGAUGAUGAGAUUCACUAGAUAGUUUCACUAUUUUCAAAUCAUCAAAAGUUUGAAAAAACUAAAAAAAUGUUUGUGGCAUGUGACACCAAAAGUUAAAGUACUUGCCAAAAGUUUGGAUACACCUACUUGUAGAAAGAUUUUGCUAGAUUUUUCACAUUAGGACUAAAAUAACAAAAAUCCAAACUAUAAAAUAACACUGUAGGGAACGUAAAGUGCUAAAUAAUUAAUUAAUAAAAUAAAAAAAGUAAAUAAUUAUUAACGAUCUUCGUGAGAAAUCUGUGAAGAGUUGGGUUACUUUCCCACAGUUCCCAGGUAUUGAGCAGUUACUGGUUGUAGUUUCUAUGUUUUAAAUGAAAACUAUUUAUUUAUUUGCAUUUGAAACAAAUUUCAAUCGUAUGCGUUUAGAUAUCUUUUAAGAUGAUCAAGAACAGUUACAUGCGUCCAAACUUUUGGCAUGUGGUGGAUGAGAUACAGUUUUAAAUGUUUUAGUUAUUCAAGAGUGUCACACAAUUAAUUGUUCUAAGAAUGGAAGAAUAAUCUCCGGUAUCUUUAAUCUUAAAUGAUGAUGAUGAUUGUGGAUAAUAAUAAUGAUAAUAGAUGAAGAAAAUGUGUACAUUGGAUAUUCAGAAGCAUAUUUCAGGUAUGUCAAUGUAUUCAAUAACCAUAAUAUAAUUUAAGAAUUUGCAGUCAAUGGCAGGCUUCUGAGGAAAACACUUGACUCCAGAGAGUAUUUUAUGCUUAUGUUCUUUGUUAUUGCUGCACUUGAGAUGUAUUUAUUCACAGAUUCCAUUUAGUAAUAGAAGUAUACAUACUCACCUGACACACCCUUGAGUUGAGGCUUCAGUUAUUGAUAGUGGAGAGAGAUCAUUGUUACGAGGUUUUUGACAACACUGAAUAACUUCUAAAAUCAGAAUCACAACACUCGUAUGGCUUUGGCAGAAAUUACAUUAAGUUUGGGUGUGCACAAGUGUGUUCGCAUAUUCACUGUACACUGUUGCACUGCAAUCAUGUGAAUGACAGCCACAUUUAUAUCCGCACACUUAACCCAAAGAGUCACUAAAUCAGGCACUGGCUCUCUUCUGGAAAACAAAAUCUGAAAUGUGCUAAACCGGCCCUGUCUUUAAAGGGGUCUGAUAUUUAUUUAAGAGUGUGUAGAUAUAACUGUGAUAAUUCCACUAAAUUCACUUCACAAAGCACUAUGCACAUAUUCACUUCUAAAUGUAGUCCACGCACAUGCUCACACUCAACUAUGUAUAUAUACAGGACAAUCGUGAUGGCUUUGUUUCUGAUGUAAAGCUCAUUACCGUUUAUAGCAAAUGAAUUCAAAAAGAUUUUAGACUCUGAGUUUUAGAAAGUUUUAAACCUUGUUUAACUUUGUGUAGGUUGUCUUCUUGACCCUCAAGCCUUUUGCCAUUGCUCUUAUAUAAAUGUAUGGUAACCUGGUGCAUCCAGAUACUGGUGAAACCCUGAUACUCUGUGGAGUUUUAUUCAGUCAUCAGCGAGCCCUAUCAGUUGAUCCCUAAAACUGUCCACUCAAACAAUAGAUGCAGUCAGUCCAAAGAUAUAGAUGCAGAUGUUCCAAAAUUAGAAAUCAUUAGCACUAGAUUUACAUUACUGUAGUUGUGAUACUUCAGUUUAAUGAAUAAGACUUCAUCCAAAUGAUUGAGGGAGAGAGUGUUGCUGGCAUUGAGCACUUUAUAUAAAGGACUUCACUAAAAAAAACUGAUUGCACUGGCACUGACCUGAUUUAGUAAAAUAAUUGGAGAAAUAUUUCUAGGGAAAAUUGAAAGAAAAAGAAAAGAAAAAUGAUUCUGUUUAAUCACGAGCAAAUACAGGAAACAAAUUGGAUAUAGGGGGGAAAAAGUGGUUGCAAGCAAAUAAAUAAUAAUUGUGCAGAUGGUGUAUGACUGAGAUCUCAUCUGCUCUGUGACACUGGAGUAUAUUUGACAAACUUUAUUUAAUCGUUGAGUUACUCUGACAAAUUAUUUUUGUUAGCCAGUAUUCAAAAUACAAACCAAAGAAACCACUACUCACAAUGUUAUGUUGAUAUAUCAUUCAGACUUUACAGUCUAAAACAUUUUUUUGUCCUUUCUAUGUAAAAACACAUGUAUAUAUUGCUGUGAACUACUUUUGUCUUUUUUUUUCUACACUGUACAUUACCCAAUACUAUAAUAUCUCAGUAUUAAAUUACAUCAUGCACAUUUGUUUGAUCUUAGAUAUGCCAGGAUUAUAAAUACCUGUGUUCCUGGAUAAUUGUGCUUGUGAACUCCAUUGAUUUAUAUGAUUCAUAUGUUUUUCCACUGAUUUACAAAUUUAGUUGUUUAAAUAUUCAGCCAUGUCAUAUUUACAUGUUCUUGACCUCUGUAUGGAUGCCUUUUUCACCUAAAAAAAAAAAAAAAGU